GGGUCUUUGUCUUUGUGUCUUGGGUAUGCGUGCACCAACUCACUUGGGUGGUUUUCACUGUGGUGCCUGGUCGAAUAUUUUUCAUUUAUUUUAUUUAUUUUCACCAGCAGGCCGGGUUGAAGGAUCUGGACACAGUCCCAUCGACCGGAUCGCAUAUCUCUGAGCAGCCUGUGAGUGAAGACUCUUAAGACAUCAUGGCGGCCAUGCAGUGGAUGAAUGCCCCUGCCAUGAUUCCAAACUGCCCCCCAGGAUUGGAAUACCUCACCCAGAUCGACCAGGUGCUGGUCCACCAGCAGGUGGAGCUGCUGGAAGCCAUCCUGGGCUUCGAGACGAACAACCGCUACGUGGUGAAGAACAGUGUGGGCCAGCAGGUUUACUUUGCGGCAGAGCGCACUGACUGCUGUACCCGCCAGUGCUGCGGGCCCCUGCGUCCGUUCGAGAUCCAGGUGACGGACAACGCCGGGCAGGAGGUGCUGCACCUGCACCGCCCGCUACGAUGCGGCAGCUGCUGCUGCCCCUGUUGCCUGCAGGAGAUCGAGGUGCAGUCCCCGCCGGGCACUCCCAUCGGCUACAUCGUCCAGAAGUGGCACAUUUGCCUGCCCAUCUUCUCCGUGCUCAACGCGGAGCGCGAGGAGGUGCUCAAGAUCAAAGGGCCCUGCAUCCCCUGCCGCUGCUGCACCGACGUCAAUUUCAAGGUGCUGGCCAAGGACGGCGAGACGGAGGUGGGCAAGAUCACGAAGCAGUGGACUGGCUUGGUGCGCGAGGCCUUCACCGACGCUGAGAACUUCGGGGUGCAGUUCCCCAUGGACCUCGACGUCAAGGUGAAGGCCACGCUGCUCGGGGCCUGCUUCCUCAUCGAUUUUAUGUUCUUUGAGCAUAACAAGUGAGAAAAAGGCUGGGCACCGCACGUACACACACACGCGCACACACGCACGCACACACGCACAACACACGCACACACACGCACAACACACGCACACGCACACACACACGCACGCACACGUACGCACGCACGCACA